AUGAUGAUAUAAAUGUUCCUGUGAGCAGAAUUACAAUACAGUCUGCAGUAAACGUUGUAACGUUGCUUGUGAAACUAAAACAAUUUAUUUACCAUGAAGGAUGUUAAAGUAACAUAUUUCGACGGCGCUGGCACCGGUGAGGCGAUCCGAUGGCUCUUAACUUACGGAGGUCAGGAAUUCGAAGACAUCCGCGUUGGCUUCGCGGACUGGCCUGCUCUCAAGCCAAAAACCCCACAUGGUGUAGUGCCCCUGCUGGAAUUCGACGGCAAAGUGUACGGUCAGAGUUUUUCCAUUUGCCGUUACCUUGGUAAGAAAUACGGCCUCGGCGGGAAGACUUUAGAGGAAGAUUUAGUUAUCGAUCAAAAUGCUGACUUCUACGCUGAUAUUCGUAACAAGGGAAUUCAAUCAUUCUGGGAGCCUGAUGCGAGUAUAAAGGCAGUAAAACAAGAAGCCCUCGUUAAGUCGGUGUACCCAGAUUUACUGCCAAAGCUGGACAAAAUUCUCCGUGAAAACAACGGUCAUAUGGCUCUAGGAAGGUUGACAUGGGCUGAUUUUGCUUUCGCCGGUUUCUAUGAGUCUUUCAAGCUACAAUCUCUGUAUCCAGACUUUGAUGAGAAGUACCCCAGUUUCAAACAGUUGAGGGACACCGUGGCUAACCUGCCAGCUAUUAAAAAAUAUUUGCAAUCCAAAUCAGAAUAAUUAUAAAUAACUCUACUGUUACUUUGUUACUCUAUUGUUAAUUAAUUUAUAAUGUGAUAAAUUAAAAACUUUCUUUAAAUA